AUGAUGUCUGGCCAGCGAUUGCAAGGCUGCCGCUCCCUGCACCUCAACGAGGACAACGGCCGCUUCGUGCUGCUCGCCGUCCUCAUCAUACUGUACCUGCUGUGCGGCGCUGCGGUGUUCUCGGCCAUUGAGAGGCCCUCGGAGCUGCGGGCUCACGGCCGCUGGCACGGGACGCUCAUCAACUUCAGUGAGACCUUUAACAUCAGCCUGCAGGAGCUCAACACCUUCUUGCGGGAGUACGAGGCUGCCAUCGCCGCCGGGAUCCGGGCUGACGCUCUGAGGCCACGAUGGGAUUUUACAGGGGCUUUUUAUUUUGUUGGAACUGUGGUAUCGACUAUAGGCUUUGGGAUGACGACGCCUGUGACGGUUGCAGGGAAGGUGUUCCUGAUCUUUUAUGGGCUUCUGGGCUGCGCUGCCACCAUCCUCUUCUUUAACCUCUUCCUGGAGCGCAUCAUCACACUGCUGGCCGUGGUGAUGAAGGCUGUGAGAGAGCGUCGAAUCAGGAACAGUGGUCUACUCCCACCGGGCAUCCGUCAUGACUUCUCAGCCUACUCCCUCCCCGGCUGGAAGCCAUCCGUGUACCACGUGAUGCUGAUUCUCGGCCUGUCAGCAAUCACUAUCUCCUGCUGUGCGUCAGCCAUGUACACCCCCGUGGAGGGGUGGGCUUACUUAGACUCGCUAUACUUCUGCUUUGUUACGUUCAGCACCAUCGGAUUUGGGGAUUUUGUUAGCAGCCAGGGCGCGGCUUACAAAUACCAAAGCCUUUACAGGGUGGCCAACUUCUUCUUCAUGCUAAUGGGUGUGUGUUGCAUCUACUCGCUUUUCAAUGUUAUCUCUAUUGUCAUUAAGCAGGUGCUCAACUGGAUUCUGGAGAAAAUGAGCUGCUUGUUUUGCCAACGCUGCAAUAAAGCCACCGUACUCCUUGGCAGACGAAACGCAAUCCGCCCAGGCUCCAAGGGUCGCCAGGGCCGGCCUGGUCAGUUGCCUGACUCUGAUGGACCUUGUGAUAGUGAUACAGAGGGACGCAGACUCUCAGGGGAGAUGAUCUCAAUGAAAGACUUGGCAGCCUCUAACAAGGUGUCGCUGGCCAUCAUGCAGAAGCAGCUGUCUGAGUCGGCAAACGGAUAUCCCAGGACAGUGUGUGGAAGCUCACGCCAUAAUGGUUUCUCUGGGGGGGUUGGAGCUCUCGGUAUCAUGAACAACAGGCUGGCAGAAACAAGUAACUCCAGGUAGAGGACACAAGAAGUAUUGGAGGAUUUGAUUCUCAAACUGUCACACUCUCUGAGGUUAAUCGCCAUAGAAAAACUACUUUUAAGAUGGAUUGCCAAUGUAACUUGUCAUGCAUCAUACAUAUGAUUUUUUGGACACUUUUGGUUGGCAUUACAAGCCUGUGGUGUCAAAACAGGUAAUGAUGGUGGUGUUUUCAGUGAUGAUGAUGAUGAUGAUGAUGAUGAUGAUGAUGAUGAUGAUGAUGAUGAUGAUGAUGAUGAUGAUGAUGAAGAGAGAGAACCACUGAGUCAACAAAUAAGCAUACAAUGAUCUGGGAAUCACCUAUUGACCAUUACGUUAACCUCAACCCCAACCCAGAACAAAUCACUGAAAUGUCAGUGUUAUCUGCUGAGGUCUGUUAUACGUGCUCAAUAUAUCAGACCUUGACAACUGAAAUGUUGUGCAGUAAAGGAGCCAAGGGAAGCAUACAGUGCAAUCUUCAAUAUUUUGGGCUUUUGCCAGUUUCUUUGAAUGUACAUAUUGAAUGCUGAGUUAAACAUGACAAGUGUAUCCACUGAAUGACAUAGCACAUACUGAUCUAUGCAUUUUACUGCUCAUGCAUUUUUUGCACCAUUUCUAGACCUUCCAUUGAUUGUGCAAACUCCAUUCCUUUCUUGACACAAGUCAAGUUUUACCCUCAGGUGAUUGAUUCCAUUUCUGGGGGCGAGUGUGGAAAGUGGCUAUAGGCACGGCUGUGAUGUAGCUGAUUUGUCAAUGCUGUUGGGAAGGAGAAUUUACAGGGCCACUAAUGGCCUAUAAAGUUUUAAAAUCCUUAAGAUGGAGAAAAGAGUAGAGAAAAUCCAUUCCUCGUGAGAGAGGAGCUGUCCUUAUCAGCUCAGAAAAUGCUUCGGCGGCCAAAGACUUUGACUUGAAGGGUAAGGAAAAGCACCAUGCAACUCUUUCUCUCUCCAUUUUUAAGCUUACAGCUGUCUGCUAGGAACACAAGUGAUAAAGGAUGGCAAUGUAUUAAUUACCCUUUGAAUGCAGAAUGUAUGUAUUAUGUUUUUGUAAAAACAGAAUA